AAAAAUAUUAAAUGUAACACAUUUCGUCCUACAAUCUGAAAUAAUAUAACAAGUGAACUCUAACCUCAAUGCGUUCAGCGUUAUAAAUCCAUAGAUUACUUAGACCGAUAGUGCAGAUCUAGCGCCCAUGCACUAAGCUUGAUAUGCAUUCCCGGCGGUCGUGUCCCCCGUGGACCUGUUCAUACAUAAAGUAUCCACCAUUUAGCCUGCGAAGGCAACAUGUUUCUCUAACUAGCUUUAAUGGCGAGAAGGCGAAGAAAACGGGGAAAUAUACGUAUUUUAUUAAACAUAAUUUUUCUAUUUUCGGACAAUUUAGGAUUUUGCACAUCACGUUCUGCCAAGGAUGUGACAAGUGUCAGGGAGGAUAAUGUGCAUUUGACUGCAGAGAGAGGAGAUGAUGCUCCCUGCCAGAUUAACUUCUCAAAUCAUUCUGAACACCUGGAGGCUGCGUCACCAUGGGACCUGCUACUCCAACCUCCCUAGCCUCUCCAGCAAUUACCUGAACAAUCAGAGAAAAACCACAGCCUCUACCCACCACCCAGAAAAUAGCCUGCAAUCAUGGUUGUUAAAUCCACCAACCAGACUUGAUGCCACCAGGAAAAGACUGUUUAGCCUGUCAGCGGCUGGGAUUGUCAACUCUGCCCCAACGCCCAUGCAACCCUACCUCAGAUUAAUGAGACUUGACAAACCAAUCGGAACAUGGUUGUUGUACCUGCCUUGCACUUGGAGCAUUGGCCUGGCUGCAGACCCAGGCUGCCUCCCACAUCUGGGCAUGCUCACAUUAUUCGGCACGGGGGCCCUGCUGAUGAGAGGGGCUGGCUGCACCAUCAAUGACAUGUGGGACAAGGACUUUGACAAGAAGGUUGCCAGGACAGCUACUCGGCCAAUUGCUGCAGGGGAGAUCACUCAGAUGCAGGCCCUAGUCUUCUUGGGGGGUCAGCUUUCUCUUGCAUUGGGGGUCCUGCUUUGUCUCAAUUAUUACAGUAUAGCUCUUGGAGCUGCUUCCCUAUCUUUGGUAGUCACAUAUCCACUAAUGAAGAGGAUCACCUACUGGCCACAGCUUGUAUUGGGACUGACCUUCAAUUGGGGAGCACUGCUUGGUUGGUCAGCGGUCAUAGGCUCCUGUGAGUGGUCGGUGUGCCUACCUCUGUAUUUCUCAGGAGUGAUGUGGACAUUAAUUUAUGACACCAUCUAUGCCCAUCAGGACAAAGAUGACGACAUCAGGGUAGGAGUCAAGUCUACAGCAUUGAGGUUCCAGGAGCAGACCAAGCCUUGGCUCAGUGGGUUCAUGGUGGCCAUGAUGUCAGGGCUGAUUGUGGCUGGGGUCAACGCAGAACAGACUCUGCCUUACUAUGCAACACUGUCAACUGUGGCUAUUCACCUCACACAUCAGAUCUACACAUUGGACAUCAACAAACCAGAGGACUGCUGGAAAAAAUUUGUUUCAAACAGAAACCUUGGACUACUCCUGUUCUUAGGAAUAGUCUGUGGAAACUUGUGGAAAGAACGAAGAGACACUUCAUUGCAAAAUGAUUAACUAGCGGUACAAUGAACUUCUCAGAACACAAGAUUUACAUUCUAGUGUGCAGAGGACAUUCUAGUUAUAUAGUAGUACACAACCCAUUAUUUUGUAAGUCUUGACCGUAUUGGGUGUUUUCUCCUAAUAAAGCUCAUGUUAAGCUCUG